ACAAAAACAUUUUUGAGUCCAGUUUUGCUAGAAAAAUCGAUAAAAUCCAAUUUUAGAGCAUUUUUGGAGGUCUAAAGUUCAAAAAUGUCAAUUGAAAUCGAGUCGGCUGACGUGAUUCGCUUGAUCCAGCAAUACCUCAAAGAGUCAAAUUUGCAUAAAACGCUUCAAUGUUUGCAAGAAGAGACCGGAAUCUCGCUCAAUACGGUCGACAGCAUCGAAGGUUUCGUCGCCGACAUCCAAAACGGGCAUUGGGACACGGUAAUGAAAGCAACGCAGUCUCUAAAAAUCCCCGAUAAGAAGCUAAUUGACAUGUACGAGCAAGUUGUACUCGAACUCAUUGAAUUACGUGAACUCGGAGCUGCUCGUUCGUUACUGCGUCAAACGGAUCCCAUGAUAAUGUUGAAGCAGCAAGAAGCUGAGCGGUACAUUCAUCUCGAAAAUAUGCUGCAACGCGCAUAUUUCGAUCCACGCGAAGCAUAUCCGGAGGGGGGCAGCAAGGAAAAACGUCGUGCUGCCAUCGCUCAAGCACUUUCGGGCGAAGUUUCGGUCGUACCGUCGUCGAGAUUGCUGGCGUUGCUCGGACAAGCUCUGAAAUGGCAACAACAUCAAGGAUUAUUGCCGCCCGGCACGACAAUCGAUUUGUUCCGUGGCAAGGCAGCGAUCAAGGAUCAAGAGGAGGAAAUGUAUCCCACGCAGUUGGCACGUCAAAUUAAGUUUGGAGCAAAAUCUCACGUGGAAUCCGGCGAAUUUUCACCCGAUGGACAAUUUUUCGUGACAGGAAGUGUCGAUGGGUUCAUCGAAGUGUGGAAUUUCACUACGGGAAAAAUCCGUAAAGAUUUGAAAUAUCAAGCGCAGGAUAAUUUCAUGAUGAUGGACACGGCAGUUUUAUCGAUUGUCUUCUCGCGUGACUCCGAAAUGCUCGCUACCGGAUCCCAAGAUGGUCAAAUCAAGAUUUGGAAGAUAAUGACAGGCCAGUGUCUUCGAAGAUUUGAAAAGGCGCAUGCGAAAGGUGUCAUUUCGUUACAAUUUUCACGCGAUAGUAGUCAAAUCCUGUCCUCAUCGUUCGAUUUCUUGAUCCGCUUGCAUGGUUUAAAGUCAGGAAAACUCCUGAAAGAGUUCCGAGGACACACUUCGUUCGUUAAUCAAGCCGUUUUUUCGACCGACGGUCAUCAAAUUCUCAGUUGCUCCAGCGAUGGAAGUGUUCGCAUUUGGUCCAUUAAGACGACGGAGUGUUUGUCGCAAUAUAAAGCCUUGGGAAAUGACAUUCCGAUAAAUACGCUGCUUUUGUUGCCCAAAAAUCCGGAACAUUUUGUGGUUUGUAACAGAUCCAACACAGUCGUCAUUAUGAAUAUGCAGGGGCAGAUUGUGCGUUCGUUCUCGUCAGGUAAAAGGGAAGGAGGUGCGUUCCAAACCGCUUGUUUGUCGCCACGGGGAGAGUUUAUUUACUGCGUGGGAGAAGACAUGGUGUUGUAUUGUUUCUCGAUGACGUCGGGCAAAUUGGAUAAAAUGUUGAAUGUGCACGAAAAAAAUGUCAUUGGAUUGGCGCAUCAUCCGCAUCAGAAUUUGUUGGCGACGUAUGCGGAAGAUGGCUUGGCGAAACUGUGGAAGCCAUAAGUUUAGGAUUAGAUUUUUUUUUCGUUUAGAAUAAAGAUUCGUGUGUUUGAUA